UUUGUUCUUUCAUGUCGCUCUUUCACUUUUCUCUCCAUGAAAGAUUUAUGUAUGAGGCAUGCAUGAGGGAUACUAGUUUGCAAUCCAAUUUUAAAAUGCCUACUGGCGCAGUUUUGUAUGUUGCCGAUAUUUGCUGUUAUCGUUCGAUCGGAUAUGUCCGCUUUCAAUUGUUGUGAGCCGAAAUUCAGUUCAGUUCAGUUCAGUGUGACAAUGUGAUCUGCAUUGGCUAAGGCGUCUGAAAAUUUGGAACUGUUAAAAGGAAAACUUAUUUUCGUAUUAGAUUUAAUGCGUAAAAAUUUUUGAGUUUCCGGCUAUUAAUUUCCAAGUUUGAUUUAUAUUCAACAUGUAAGAACAUUAAAUAUGCAUUGUUAAGUAUGGCGAUAGACAGAAAUCUUAUACCGACGCGUUAAUGGCUGAUAUAAGGACAGAAAGUUCUAAUCAAAUUAACUCGUGCUGUUUCAAACAAUGAAUUUAAGUUCUUGCUCUGGUUUUCGGGAAAUAAGCCGCUGGAUAAUAAAUCUCUUGAAUUUUUCACUCCUCCUUUUGUCUUUUUGGAAUUUGUUUUCUAAGACUUGUUAAGAUAUACUGCGACACUACACGCGGAAACCGCCUUUCAUGAUAUACUUAAAUUCUCGUUAGUUCUCUCAGUUGCUCGUUUAUGUGUUGAAAUCUCUGGAAUCUCAACUCAGGUUGGAUAAACAUUAAAGGCAAUUUGUACGAAUGACUAAAGGAUAGAGUAAUGUGUACUAUUUUAAUGUAACAACCGCAAGAAUGUAUUCUUCAGUUUGUAAAGGUUGCCUAUAAGAGCCAGAUGUUUUCCUUUUUUUUCGCUGAUGUAGAAACUGAUAAGCGUUGCAAGGCCACAUUUCUCACCAUUAAUUGCGCGUGGUCAUCUCUGUUGCCACAUCGUUGUGUGUUCGUGAAGCAGUGUUAUGUUAUGCGUUAGCUUAAUUGUGUUUUGCGUGUUUCCGUUAGGGUCCAAUUUUGGCUCUAUAGCUCAAAGCUCUAAUUCGCUUUGUUGUCUUGUGGAAUUUUCCGCCGUCUACAGUCGGCUCCCUGAGGUUUAAAACGGGAAAUCAUCGCAGACCAAAAUAACUCCCCAUUGAGUGCUUUCAGUCACCGCAAACGAUAGUUUAAGACAACAAUGUAGAUUUUAAAGCUGUUAUCCGCUGGAUACCGCCUUUUCGUCGUCUAUUUUGAUGUUUUCUUAAGACAAAUAACUGUUCAGCUCGAGGAGAAACAACUAGUUCUGUCUGUUGCGGAGAUUGGUCUAUAAAUUUACGUUGUCAGUUUCCCCAUUUUUAUCAGUUUCACAUUUGUUUGCAGUAGUUUUUGUUUGUUAGAUUGUUCCUAUAUAUCUCAUGGCGGGUACGCCAAAACAUUAAAAAAAAUAAUAAUAACACGUUGUAACGAGAACUUUCUUCAUAUACCUGCACUUUUAAAACAUUCAAGGUCACUUUUGUCCGUACAGGUUUAUCGUAACACGAGUAGUAGGUAUCAAUUCACUUAAUUUACUGCUUACAUGACAUUAAAAUUUGCAAAACAACUGAUCCUAGACACGAAUAUUUUGUGUCUACCUUAAACAAUCGACAGCACGUUUCGUUUUUAAGGUGCGGAGAUUAUAUUCCCUGCACAUUGAAACGUUUUAAUCCAUGCACCGAAACUUGAAAGCAACAUUACUGUAUUCUGAAAUGGUUUAAGUGAUAAAUGUUUUAGUUUUAAAGUCAUCAAAAUUUCCUUUCUCAACUCAAACGAGCACAAGAUGACGAACAAUGUCUAAUGAAUGGUUUGACGCUCUUUCAGAGGCUUCAUCCGGGACCUUAGCAAUUUUCACUGCUGUUAGCGGCUUCAUAGUCCUGUUGUUGGUACGCUUGUGGAGAAAUUCGCGUUUCGCCAUGGAUCCACCGCCUGAGAUGCAAUCUGUAGAAAUAGAGGGUACUGACGGGGCAAGAAGGACCACGCUGACGACUGAAAUCGUAACACGACAAUACCCUGACGUCGGCACCGUUUACGAGAGCUUCCUCCUCGGUGUUAAAAUUUCAGGUGACGGUCCUUGUCUGGGGACUUGGGACCCAGACAUCAAGAAAUAUACGUGGCUUACAUAUAACCAGGUGAGUGGGACAUACACUGCGUCGUGUGUCGCAGGUGUUAAAAUUUCAGGUGACGGUCCUUGUCUGGGGACUUGGGACCCAGACAUCAAGAAAUAUACGUGGCUUACAUAUAACCAGGUUCAUGAGCGGGCGACCUACGUUGGCGCAGGCUUGGUUGCCAUUGGUUGUGAGCCCUCGCAAAAGACCUUCAUUGGUAUUUACGGACCUAACCGGGUGGAGUGGACCUUGACUGAUCUUGGCUGUCAGAUGUUUUCCAUGAUAUCAGUUCCUGUUUAUGACGCACACGGCACUGAAGAAUGUAUUUACAUUAUAAACCACGCUAAACCAGAGGACAUUUUAACUGUGUGUUACACAAGUGGGACAACUGGACCUCCUAAGGGAGCGAUUCUGACACAUGCCAAUCUCGUAGCUGAUAUCUCGGCUUACCGCGUACAUAUGCGUCAGACUGGAUUUGAGCUGACGCCUGAGGAUGUGCACCUGUCAUUUUUACCGCUGGCUCACAUGUAUGAACGAAUAAAUCACUUGAAUCUAUUACUGAGCGGAGCAAGAAUUGGGUACUACAGUGGGGACAUCAAACGACUGCUCGAAGACUGCAAAGAACUGAAGCCGACGAUUUUUUCAGCAGUUCCACGUUUACUGAACAGAAUCUAUGACAAGGUCAUGUCGGGAGUGUCCAAGAGCAAGCUAAAAAGGUGGAUUUUCCAAAUGGCGUUGAGGUCCAAAGAAAGUGAUCUUAAAAGGCGAAUCAUCAGCAAGAACACGAUAUGGGAUUACUUGGUCCUUCGUAAAGUACAGAAUCUUCUUGGAGGUCGUGUGCGAUAUAUGCCUUGUGGCUCAGCGCCCUUGUCAGCCAAAGUGACGUCAUUCAUUAGAUGCGUCAUGGGAUGUUACUUGACUGAGGGCUACGGUCAGACCGAGUGCGCAGCAGCUGCGACCUUUCAGUUGUAUAAUGACCUCACCACAGCCGGUCACGUGGGCCCUCCAGUUCCUUCUAACAUCAUUAAACUUGUGGACGUGGAAGAAAAGGCAUACUUCGCUAAAAAUGGGCAGGGGGAGAUUUGCCUUAAGGGUCCUAGCGUCUUCAAGGGUUAUCUUCACGACCCUGAAAAGACCGCUGAAACUAUCGACGAGGACGGUUGGCUCCAUACUGGUGACGUAGGAGAAUGGCUUCCGAAUGGAACUUUGAAAAUUAUCGAUCGAAAGAAAAACAUAUUCAAACUUUCCCAGGGUGAGUUUAUCGCUCCUGAGAAAAUUCAGAACGUGUACCUGCGCAGUCCUUUCAUAGCGCAGGUGUUUGUCUAUGGAAACAGUUACAAGUCCUUCCUCGUAGCGAUUGCUGUCCCGGACGCUGAAGUGCUUCAGACCUGGGCUAAGAGCAAUGGACUUGAAGGGGACAUUAAACAGCUUUGUCAAGAUGAGAUUGUGCACAAAGUUAUUUUUCAAGACAUGUUGGCAAAGGGUAACGAAGGAGGACUGAAUUCUUUAGAACAGGUUUCGCCCCGGGCGCUAAUUCGAGGAUUUACGGUAUACAUUGGUCUGUCUUGUUUAUUUGCUUUCUUGUUUUCCUUGAAAAUUGUGAUCGACAUUAAAGUGAACCAUUCUGUUAUAUCACAGGGUGAGUUUAUCGCUCCUGAGAAAAUUCAGAACGUGUACCUGCGCAGUCCUUUCAUAGCGCAGGUGUUUGUCUAUGGAAACAGUUACAAGUCCUUCCUCGUAGCGAUUGCUGUCCCGGACGCUGAAGUGCUUCAGACCUGGGCUAAGAGCAAUGGACUUGAAGGGGACAUUAAACAGCUCUGUCAAGAUGAGAUUGUGCACAAAGUUAUUUUUCAAGACAUGUUGGCAAAGGGUAACGAAGGAGGACUGAAUUCUUUAGAACAGGUCAAGAAAAUCUAUCUCCAUCCCGACAUAUUUAGUAUUGAAAACGGUCUGCUCACGCCCACCUUCAAAGCCAAACGGCCAGAGAUACUUCGCACGUUUAAAGAGGAAAUUGAGCGUCUUUACGAAGAGGUGGAAAUGGAGCUAACUGAGAAGACUAAGCAAGGAUGAGACGUUUAUUACUGAACCCUUAUCAAAAUCCCAAACCUAGUUUGGCAAAAUGUAAAUGACAUACUCUAACACGUAAUAUUACUGAUCGAUAGGUUUCAUGUACAGACGUACAUGUAUAGCGUAUCAAAGGGUACGAAACAAACAGGUUUUUACCUUGUGAAGUAUGUACAAGUAGAGAUGCCAUAUACAUCGGUAAGAAAGUGAGUGAGAUUGGGGUUUGAAAAACAUUAUUGUCAUUACUAUUAUAUUGCUGUUAUCAAGGUUGACCACUCAAAGUAUUUAUCGUUAAU